UUUCAACUCGCUUCUUUUUCGAUCCCAAACUCACUGCCUUCUCUCUCCCUCUCUCCUCUCACGUUUUGCCAGCUCUACACUUCUUGUAUUCAUCACCAUUGCCUCUCUUUGCUCCCCAAUUAACUCUCAAUUUAAAUUAAAAGUUUUCUUCUGUCUCUUUCCCUCUCACCAUUUUACCUAACACACAUAUAUAAAGGAAAGGUUGCGCCUUUACUGGCAUUGCAUGUGCUGCCGUUUACAUGCUGCGUGAGGGGCGUUGUUCUUGCAGUAUCAUCACAUAGUUGAUGGAUUCCUUCAGGCCCUUUUGAUUUCGAGUGAUAUUGCAAAAUCUGGGGCUUUGUCAAUUUGGCUGGAGUCGGAUUUCUUGUGAGGGAGUGUGAAUUUUGCAAUGAUGAGAGGAGCUGUUUUUGUAGCUAUUGCUGCCGCCAUUGGUAACUUCUUGCAAGGAUGGGACAAUGCUACUAUUGCAGGAUCUGUGCUUUACAUCAAGAGGGAGUUUCAUUUGGAGACACGGCCUACAAUCGAAGGGCUUAUCGUUGCAACAUCUCUGAUUGGGGCAACGGUCAUCACUACGUUCUCUGGGCCAGUGGCUGACUGGCUCGGACGUCGUCCAAUGCUGAUAAUCUCAUCUGUUCUCUAUUUCCUUAGUGGACUGGUCAUGUUUUGGGCUCCCAAUGUGUACAUUCUCCUUUUGGCUAGGCUCUUGGAUGGUUUUGGGAUUGGUCUCGCUGUCACUCUCGUUCCCGUCUACAUAUCCGAGACAGCCCCGCCAGAAAUAAGGGGGUUGCUGAAUACCCUCCCUCAGUUUACUGGCUCUGCUGGGAUGUUUUUGUCAUACUGCAUGGUCUUUAUGAUGUCGUUGCAGGAUUCGCCUAGUUGGAGAAUGAUGCUCGGGGUUCUUUCUAUUCCUUCACUGUUCUAUUUUGCCUUGGCAUUGUUUUACCUGCCUGAAUCCCCGAGGUGGCUGGUAAGUAAAGGAAGGAUGAAAGAGGCCAAGAAAGUUCUGCAAGGCCUACGUGGACGAGAAGAUGUCUCAGGUGAAAUGGCUUUAUUACUCGAGGGUUUAGAUGUCGGAGGUGAUACAGCCAUAGAGGAAUAUGUCAUCAGUCCCGAUAACGAUCUUGCUGGCCACCAAGAUCAUGAAGUGGAGAAAGAUCGUAUCAAAUUAUAUGGCGCUGAAGAGGGCCAGUCCUGGAUCGCCAAGCCCGUUGCUGGACAGAGCACUCUGGGUAUGGUUUCCCGUCAAGGGAGUCUGGCUAACCGGAGCAUGCUUAUGGAUCCGAUGGUCACUCUCUUUGGCAGUGUUCACGAGAAGCUCCCAGAGAUGGGAAUGGGAAGCAUGAGAAGCAUGCUCUUCUCGAAUUUCGGCAGUAUGUUUAACGUAAACCCAGAAAAUCAAGUUAAACACGAGCAUUGGAAUGAAGAAAACAUGGAAAGGGAUGAGGAAAAUGCUGGAUCCGAUCAUUCUGGAAACGAAUCUGACGAUGACAUGAGGAGUCCUUUGAUCCGCCAUGAUAGCAAUGCUGAGAAGGAUAAUAACGGAGAGCAGCUCGGAAGUGUAGGAAUCGGUGGUGGCUGGCAGCUAGCAUACAGGAAGGACGAGAAUAACGCAGGAGGUCUUAAGAGGAUCUACUUACACCAAGAGGGCGGUGCUGCUGCAUCCAGGCGCGGUUCGGUUAUUUCCAUAGCGGGAACUGAAGGACCGGCUGAUGGCGACUUAGUCCAUGCUGCUGCCCUAGUGAGCCAUUCUGUUCUCCGUGCUGAUGACGUCACCACUCAUCAAUCAAUUGGUCUGGCAACGGACAAGAAACCGCAAGCUGCUGCUCAAGGUCCUGGCUGGAAGGAUCUUUUCGAACCCGGAGUUAAGCAUGCUCUUGUUGUUGGAGUAGGACUUCAAGUUCUUCAGCAGUUUUCUGGCAUUAAUGGAGUUCUCUACUACACGCCACAAAUUCUGGAACAAGCCGGUGUGGGAGUUCUCCUUUCAAAUUUGGGCCUCACCUCAGAAUCCGCCUCUCUUCUCAUCAGCGGACUAACUACACUGUUGAUGCUUCCUAGCAUCGGUGUUGCAAUGAGACUCAUGGAUGUUGCUGGCAGAAGAUGGCUCCUCCUCUCGACUCUGCCUGUGCUUCUAGUGACGCUGAUUAUGCUGGUUCUUGGCAACGUGCUCGAUCUGGGGUCAGUGCCUCACGCUGUGAUCUCAACAGUCAGUGUGAUCGUCUACUUCUGCACCUUCGUGAUGGGGUUCGGGCCGAUCCCAAACAUCCUAUGCUCGGAGAUCUUCCCCACCCGCGUCCGUGGGCUCUGCAUCGCCAUCUGCGCCCUCACAUUCUGGAUAUGCGACAUCAUCGUCACCUACAGUCUUCCCGUGAUGCUCAACUCCAUCGGCCUGGCAGGCGUCUUCUCCAUCUACGCAGUCGUCUGCAGCAUCGCGUGGGUGUUCACGUACCUCAAAGUGCCGGAAACCAAAGGGAUGCCACUCGAAGUCAUCACGGAGUUCUUCGCAGUGGGUGCGAAGCAAAAUGCAGAGAGUGAAAACAACUGAAAGUGUGGUUGUUAUGCUUUUGGAUUUCAUUUUUCAUUGUAUGUUCAGUUUCUGCAGUUGUUACAUUCUUUAGAUACAAUUUACAAAGAUUUUGGUAUAAAUUUUUGAGUUGUAUUACCAUUA